ACACACUGAAGAAAAUUUCCAGCGUCAUGUACGUUUCUAAAUUCUACUUUCAAAACCGUGAAAACGAAACGUAAAAAGAUGUACACCGUAUCUGCUGAUGUCUUACGUUUAGUUGAUUGUUAAAAUGGAUGUUGAUAAUGAGCUGGAGGGCAAGCUGCUUCAGCAGUUCAGUUCCAUGGGAACAACAGAUAAAGAAGUUUUGAUCUCAGAAUUUCAAAAAUUACUCGAACCUAACCAACUAAAUCCAGCAGGAUGUGCGUUUUUUCUCGAUAUGAAUAACUGGAAUCUUCAGGCAGCUAUCUGUUCCUACUAUGAUUACGACCAACCAACAGUACAGGUGCCAUGUAUGAAGUUCCUGAGUGAUGUGACGAUUGGGGAGGGGGAGGCUGUUCCCCCAAACACCACAUUUACCAAAACCUGGAGAAUACAAAACUCAGGAGAUGACAGAUGGCCACCAGGCUGUAACUUACGUUACUGCACAGGUGACAAUUUAAGUAACACAGACCGGGUCAUUGUGGAAGGGUUGCUACCUGGACAGGUAACCGAAGUAAGCGUGGAAAUGCACAGCCCCUCCAACACAGGUGUCUACCAGAGUCAAUGGCGCCUGUCCACACCCACAGGGAUGUUUUUUGGAGAUGUGAUAUGGGUGAUCAUUCAAGUGGAUGUUGGUGGAUUACUUGAUAUAACGCAAAAAAUGUCUAAAUUUGGAACGGACUCACAAGGACAUUCUAGUCACUCUCAACCAUUACCAAAUCCUUUUGCUUCCCCUGUGAAAAGUGACAUUAGUGAAAUUCCAAGACCUAGUUUUUCUCCCCCACGCUUAUCAUUUCCAGGAAGUCCCGUAAGUAACAUGUCUCCGAAUUCAUCGAUGACUGCACAGUUAGGAAGUCCAUAUCCUGCACAGCUUAGUCCACCCUCAGCCAUGGCAGGAAGUUCUUAUUCUCAGCAAAUGACUUGUCCACUCCCAAAUACUUUUUCUGCUGCAUGUUCACUCUUUCAGGUAAGGUUUUGCUUAUGGUACAAAACUAAAGAUUACAUUACAGUCUUUACCAAAAUUCAUUUGUCUGUUCAGUGCUCCAAGUCGCAUCUGCUAUCAGGUCGCAAAAUGGUGACCUAGAAAUAUUUCUGGUCACCAUUUUCAAAUUUCUAGUCGCCAUUUUCAAAAUUUCUACUCGCCAUGGUAAAAGAUUUUGUAAAUAAGACUUGCAAGAAAAAAAUCAACACCCAUCCAUGCGUUUUGUUAUACCCCCCGCAACAAGUUGUGGGGGGGGGGGGGGGUAUACUGGAAUCGGGUUGUCCGUCUGUCCGUCCGUCUGUAGACGCAAUGGUUUCCGGGCUCUAAAGCAUUAUCCUUUCCACCUACCGUCACCAUAUCAUAUAUAUGGACUACCCAUGGGAUGAAGAUGUUCCCUAUCGAUUUUGGGGUCAAAAGGUCAAAGGUCAAGCGCACUGGACAUCGAAGAAGCAAUAUGGUUUCCGGGCUCUAAAGCGUUAUCCUUUCCACCUACAGUCACCAUAUCAUACAUAUGGACUACACAUGGGAUGAAGAUGUUCCCUAUUGAUUUUGGGGUCAAAGGUCACGUGCACUGGACAUCGAAGUAGCAAUAUGGUUCGGUUUGUCAUGCCAUUUGUUUUUUACACUCAGAAAAGAGGUAGUUUAUACCUAUUACCAACACCCUUUGGGAGAUUGGGGUAAGCAGGGGGUAUUCUUAGUGAGCAUUGCUCACAGUAGCUCUUGUUUGUUUUAUUUUUAAAUUGAAUAGAAAUGUGCUGCGAAACAUGCUGGAUGCUAACAAGUCAAGUAUUUACUCUGGCAAAAGUUGUAUUGCGUUGGGUCAUCCUGAAUAUCCUGUAUAUUUUACAGUACGCUUCUGGGGAAGAAAACCCAGCAUUCCACACAAGGAUUUGCUUUUUAAGGUCCUUAAUAAUGGGCCUUCACUGCUUAUGCGAACAAGAGCUUCUACUUUUGUUGGAUCUUUUGCUGAACAAUCAGUACCAGCAUCAAUAAGAACACUACAUGUCCAUCCCCAGUUUGUAAUUGUCUUUGAAAAUUAGCAGCAACAGUUGCCCCGCUAGACUUACUGCUAAAAAUGCAGUCACGGACAAAGAUACGUCUCUUACUGUUACCAUGAAUAGUCACACUUCCAUGUUUGAAAGAUGUACACCUGGUCGUAGCGAAAUCGGACAAUGGGUGUCCAGAAAUGGUGGACUUUCCUGGCUGAUUGGUCUCACAAAUUCUGCAAAACAUUUUGCCAUCUCUGUAUAUUAACCACGAAAAUUCCUUUAGCCAUUUCAGGACUGGGGUUCUUCCUUUACUUUUGCAUUUUUCUUUAGACACAGCUACGUCAUUUUUAGAUGCAGAACUUUUUCCGUGUGAUUCUUGAAUUUCUUCGUUACAUGUACUACGCUGAGGUUUCUAUUUUUUACUACCAAUAACUCCAAAGUGCUCUAACCCUCGUUUUCCCGCCAUCUUUAUUGCUUUCAAAUGCUGCUUUGACCGAGACUGAAAAAUAUUUAUUCAGACUUCCGAUCCCGAUUAUAAAAUUUUACUAGAUGUCCAAUUUUUCUCCACUCGCGAAAAUGCGACUUACAUGUAGUUAUAAUCUCUAGUCGCAAAAUCGAUUUCCUGGUCGCAAAUGCGACCAUUUUACUUGCAACUUGGAGCACUGCUGUUGACUUCUAAAUGACUAGCAAAACAGGAAAUACAAGUAUAUCACUUACAAUUCCUAAAGUUUGAUUUGAUUGGUUCAAUAUCAUCGGAGAGACCUAUUUAUAGUGGCCUUCUGCCGUUGUGAGUAAAAAAUCAUUAGGAUAUAUAUAUAUAUCUAAACAUCAUGAAUCUGUACCAUAUAAUACUAGGUGUAGAAAAAACAGAAAUGACAUAUUCUUUUGCACUUUGAUAUUCUUAACCUGUCUAUUUAGCUUUGUGGAUUAAAGCUGGCAAUCUGGGUCAAUGAGGGAUAGUUCAGUACCCUCUGACUUACCCCAGAGUCACACAGUAUCACCUCAGUACCCUCUGAUUUACCCCAGAGUCAGACAGUAUCACCUCAGUACCCUCUGAUUUACCCCAGAGUCAGACAGUAUCACCUCAGUACCCUCUGAUUUACCCCAGAGUCACACAGUAUCACCUCAGUACCCUCUGAUUUACCCCAGAGUCACCUCAGUACCCUCUGAUUUACCCCAGAGUCACACAGUAUCACCUCAGUACCCUCUGACUUACCCCAGAGUCACACGAUAUCACCUCAGUACCCUCUGAUUUACCCCAGAGUCACACAGUAUCACCUCAGUACCCUCUGACUUACCCCAGAGUCACACAGUAUCACCUCAGUACCCUCUGAUUUACCCCAGAGUCACACGGUGUCACCUCAGUAUCCUCUGAUUUACCCCAGAGUCACACGAUAUCACCUCAGUACCCUCUGAUUUACCCCAGAGUCACACGAUAUCACCUCAGUAUCCUCUGAUUUACCCCAGAGUCACACAGUAUCACCUCAGUACCCUCUGACUUACCCCAGAGUCACACGAUAUCACCUCAGUACCCUCUGAUUUACCCCAGAGUCACACGGUAUCACCUCAGUACCCUCUGAUUUACCCCAGAGUCACACGGUGUCACCUCAGUAUCCUCUGAUUUACCCCGGGUCACACGGUGUCACCUCAGUAUCCUCUGAUUUACCUCAGAGUCACAUGGUAUCACUUCAGUACCCUCUGAUUUACCCCAGAGUCACAUGGUAUCACUUCAGUACCCUCUGAUUUACCCCAGAGUCACACGAUAUCACCUCAGUACCCUCUGAUUUACCCCAGAGUCACACGAUAUCACCUCAGUACCCUCUGAUUUACCCCAGAGUCACACGAUAUCACCUCAGUACCCUCUAAUUUACCCCAGAGUCACACAGUAUCACCUCAGUACCCUCUGAUUUACCCCAGAGUCACCUCAGUACCCUCUGAUUUACCCCAGAGUCACACGAUAUCACCUCAGUACCCUCUAAUUUACCCCAGAGUCACACAGUAUCACCUCAGUACCCUCUGAUUUACCCCAGAGUCACACGAUAUCACUUCAGUACCCUCUAAUUUACCCCAGAGUCACACAGUGUCACCUCAGUACCCUCUGAUUUACCCCAGAGUCACACAGUGUCACCUCAGUACCCUCUGAUUUACCCCAGAGUCACACAGUAUCACCUCAGUACCCUCUGAUUUACCCUAGAAUCACACGGUAAUGACGGUAUCACAACUUAUUUUGUAUAAUAAUAUACGUGGACCUGCAUAUUCAUUGAUUACAGAUAUUCAUUAUAUAUUUAAUUAAACUGUGUAUAUGGACCUGCAUAUUCAUUGAUUACAGAUAUUCAUUAUAUAUUAAAACAGUAUACAUGGACCUGCAUAUUCAUUGAUUACAGAUAUUCGUUAUAUAUUAAAACAGUGUACAUGGAUCUGCAUAUUCAUUGAUUACAGAUAUUCAUUAUAUAUUAAAACAGUGUACAUGGAUCUGCAUAUUCAUUGAUUACAGAUAUUCAUUAUAUAUUAAAACAGUGUACAUGGAUCUGCAUAUUCAUUGAUUACAGAUAUUCAUUAUAUAUUAAAACAGUGUACAUGGAUCUGCAUAUUCAUUGAUUACAGAUAUUCAUUAUAUAUUAAAACAGUAUACGUGGAUCUGCAUAUUCAUUGAUUACAGAUAUUCAUUAUAUAUUAAAACAGUGUACAUGGAUCUGCAUAUUCAUUGAUUACAGAUAUUCAUUAUAUAUUAAAACAGUAUACGUGGACCUGCAUAUUCAUUGAUUACAGAUAUUCAUUAUAUAUUAAACCGUGUAUAUGGACCUGCAUAUUCAUUGAUUACAGAUAUUCAUUAUAUAUUAAAACAGUGUACAUGGAUCUGCAUAUUCAUUGAUUACAGAUAUUCAUUAUAUAUUAAAACAGUAUACGUGGACUUGCAUAUUCAUUGAUUACAGAUAUUCAUUAUGUAUCAAACAGUGUAUAUGGACCUGCAUAUUCUUUGAUUACAGAUAUUCAUUAUAUAUUAAAACAGUAUACGUGGACCUGCAUAUUCAUUGAUUACAGAUAUUCAUUAUACAUGUAUAUGAAAACAAUGUAUGUGGACCUGCAUAUUCAUUGAUUACAGAUAUUCAUUAUGUAUCAAACAGUGUAUAUGGACCUGCAUAUUCUUUGAUUACAGAUAUUCAUUAUAUAUUAAAACAGUAUACGUGGACCUGCAUAUUCAUUGAUUACAGAUAUUCAUUAUAUAUUUAAUUAAACUGUGUAUAUGGACCUGCAUAUUCAUUGAUUACAGAUAUUCAUUAUAUAUUUAAUUAAACUGUGUAUAUGGACCUGCAUAUUCAUUGAUUACAGAUAUUCAUUAUAUAUUUAAUUAAACUGUGUAUAUGGACCUGCAUAUUCAUUGAUUACAGAUAUUCAUUAUAUAUUAAACCGUGUAUAUGGACCUGCAAAUUCAUUGAUUACAGAUAUUCAUUAUAGUAAUUGAAUGUGAAGCCCUGGCUUUUACUGUGAGCUUUAAUGACUAAAACGCACGAAAAGUUCCCAAAAUACUUAAAGAGAGAAGACUAAAAACCCAUGCUUACUUCAGUUCAACUUUGUUAUGAAACCAUGAUCCACAGGAUAAGGUGUGCAAUCCAGGAGUGUUGGUUAUUUUCAGUAUAACGUUAUCACUUAGAUACAUAUAUAUUUAUUGAGAAUAGAGUUAUAAGCCAAACACAUACAUAUUUAUUGAGAAUAGAGUUUCACUUGCCAGAACAAAGAUUUGACUUGCCUCAGGCAAUCAGACAACUAUGAAAUGUCAAUUCCAGGACUUGUCAGUGCCAAUCAGUAUCUCCACUCAGUACAUAAAUAUUAAAGUCACUCGAAAUCUACUCUGGGUACUCAGUAAUACUCUGGGUUUUCUCUGGAUUCUCAGGAGUUUGUUUUAUUAUUAUUUUCAGUGACACAUUUGAGUGUUUCUUAAUAGAUGUUGUGUUUUUUAACUCAUCUGAGCUGAAAGUGAGCUUUUCUGAUUGCCUGUUGUCUGUUGUCUGUCCAUCUUGUCUGUAAACUUUUUACAUUUUCGACUUCUUCUCCAGAACCACUGGGCCAUUUAUAACCAAACUUCACCAAAAGCAUCCUUGGGUAAAGAGCCUUCAAAAAGAAGAUUUUUCUUUUUCUUUUUUUUUUAAAUAUAUAUAUAUAUUUUAUUUCCCAGAACCUAUUCUAUAACAAUAAUGAUAGUAAUAAUAAAGUACACGAUAGGGCAGCUGUCAGGGAUGGGGCCCUGGCUAAGCUCCCUCAAAAUUUAACAAGACAUUUCCUACUGUGCCACGCAGGGCACAUUCUAUAAAUUCUAUUUUAUAAUGUACAAGCUUAAGUAUAUUUAUCUGUCUAGCGUAUUAUAAUGUAUAUUUAAAAAAUUAUUAUGUGUAUCAAUUAUGAUAUUUGUUUGGACAAACAAAACAAAAUAUUAUACAUUUUUUUUAAAGAAAAAAGAACAUCACUAUAGAUGAAAUGAUUUAAGAUUUGAUUCAUAAAAAUAAUGUUAUAUAAAUAGACUGAAGAGUUAAUAUACCGCUCAUGCUGCCUUAAAGGUCCACACACGCCAACUUAAAGAGUCCAUAGAUGACCCUUAGGCAGCCUAGCUGGGAGACAGGUUACUCCCGGAAGUAGCGGUUUAUUAAAUACAUUUAUAAUAUUGAUUUCAAUCACACAAAAAAAUAAACCUUGUUACUAUGAAUAAGUUCAUAGUGUGUAUUAUAAAAAUAUACAAUGUGAUGACAGUAUGUACACAUAUACAUACACACAUAUACACACACAUAUACAUACAUGUCACAAAACAUUACCUAGUUUUUCUAUAACAUCCAUAUUUAGAUUACAUUUACAGUAUUUCAAAAUUUUAUACCAAAAUAAAACUUUUUGUUUGAUAUGGUUCUGAAUAUUGUAUUCCUGUUCAUCCACAUUUUCUAGUCUACAGAACAUCUUAUAUUUAUAUAUUUUGAGAGCAACAAAAGAUAUGAUAUUGUUUAACAAUUGUACCUUUCUGUUAUUUUCAUGAUGAAAUCCAAUCAAUAUAUCUUUCCAUCUGAUGUUAACUUUUGUGGUGAGACUUACAAUUUUCCAAAUGUUUUGUACAUUUUUACAUUUGAAAAUCAGGUGUUCAAUAUUUUCAGUCAUAUCACAUAAAAAACAAUUUCCAAUUCAAAAAGAAGAUAAUCACAAAAAUGCAAAAAUAGGGUGGGGUCUUUUAAGAAUCUUCUCCUCAAGAACCACUGGGCCAGAAGAGCUGAAAUUAUCUACUUCUCAAGAACCACUAAGCCAGAAAAACUGAUGUUUAUAUGAAAGCUUUCUGACAUAGUGCAGAUUCAAGUUUCUCAAAAUCAUGUCCCCCAGUGGUAGGAUGGGGCCACAAUAGUGGAUCAAAGUUUUACAUACAAAUAUAUAGGAACAAUCUUUAAAAAUCUUCUUCUCAAGAACCACUGAGUCAGAAAAGCUGAUAUUUACAUGAAAGCUUCCUGACAUAGUGCAGAUUCAAGUUUGUUAAAGUCAUGACCCCUGUGGCUAGGAUGGGGCCACAAUAGGGGAUCAAAGUUUUACAUAACUAUAAUGAAUAGGGGGGAAAAAUUUCUCCUUAAAGACCCAAUUCUAAGUUAACACCCACAAAUUGUAAGGUGCUUGUCAAUCAAACAUUUAACAAUAGAUCUCAGGUGGAGUGACAUCUGCAGUCACGGUGGUCUGGAGCUACCCCAUAGAGGUGUUUUGAUAACAAUAACAGCCAGUACCUACAUACAUUCUUUAGAUCUUGAGGAAGCCCAGUAUACCUGAGUUUUGAUAGCAUUGACCUGUCCACAACUGCUAUUUUCUGGUAAUUCAAUUGUUUUUAAAAAGACCCCUGAACAAUGCAAUUUCAAUAUAAUUGUAGUUUUUUCCCCUCUAUAUACAUGUAUUAUAAAUUACACAAUCAGAAAUCAAACAAUAAUUUGCACAAUAAUUUCUAAAAUUUGUAACUUAUUGAAAUAAUUUGUCAUCAAUUUAUGACACCUCUAUAUUUAUAACAGAAAUUAUUCAUCGAGUCAAUAACUGAGAGUAAGAGAGAGAAAGAGAGGGUGGGUGUAGACUGUGUGUCAGCUACCCUUAGGAAUAUAACCAUUAUUCAAACACUAUGACCAUGGACACUCUGCAGAGGUCCCAGAGACAGGUCCUGUGUAUAUCAAAACUAUAUUUUUAAAAAAAGCAGGGACAGGUAGAUUUCUACCAUGUUCUGUCUCUGUGUCUUUCUUUGGGUGCCAUGGGAUAUACCAAUUAUCACCUUGGUAGACCCUGGUCACUCCAGGUAAAUAACAUCUGGUUACAUUAGGCUCCGCCUACAUUUUCACCAACCGUAUGGUCAUGAGAUGGGUCUUUAAGAACCAUUGGACAAAAGAAGUUUACAUUUGCACGAAAGCUUCCUGUCAUAGUGCAGAUUCAAGUUUGUAAAAAUCAUGGUCCCCAGGGGUAAGAUGGGGUCAAAUUUUACAUACAAAUAUAUAGGGAAAAUCAUUAAAAAUCUGAAAAAUCACUGGGCCAGAAAAGUUUAUGUUUAGGCCAAUUUUUUUUUAAAUUGGUUUACGGAUUUCAAAAUUUUCAAAUCCGUUCAAAAGAGGUAAAAAAAAAAAAAGUUCAAAUGACAAAAUGUUAAUAAAAAUGAACUUGAUUUGAGGUCAAUGUUUUAUUAUCAACUUUCAUAUUCUCUUCACUGUCAACUUAAGACAAUGGUAUAUAGCGACUAUUGUGCACCUUGGCAACAAUGCUGUUUCCUUCAAAAAUGUUAUUUGUUUAUUAAAUUAACUUUCUAUCAUUAUCAAAUGUCCAUGGUUUACUGUUUAGUUAUGUAAAUCCCAAAAUAAAUGAACCACAAAAUUUUUCCAUUCAAAAGAUGGCAUCCAUGACGUACAUGUAUAUAGGGACCCACUAAUCACCUGAAGUACUAAAAUCCUGACUGACCUUACCAAGCAUAUAUUUUGUCUAAAAAUUUACUUUCAAAGUCUUAUUUAUGAAGUCAAGUAAAGUUAUAAAUAAAAUUCAUGAACCCUAUAAACAUUUAUUCAAAAUUUCUGAAUUUUAUAUAGGUCAGAUCAAUUUAUUGUUGGUAGUCAACAAAUUUUACACAAUGAAUGAAUUCAAUAAUGUUGAAUAUGUUUUCAACCUCCUUCAAUAUAUGAAGAAUUACACAUAUUAAUUAUGAAGAAUAUUUCUUUAAAAUUCAUUAAUAAGAAUUGAAAAGUGUAUCCUCAGCAAAAUGUAUGCAUGGUAAGGUCAGGUAGGGCUAUACUUGUUUAGGUGAUUAGUGCAACCCAACGUACGUAAUGGAUGCCAUCUGAAAACAAGUGUUUGUUUUUAUUUUGGGAUUUACAUAUCUAAAUGGUAUGCAAUGCAUAACUAAUGCUAAUUAGAAGUUAGUUUCAUAAACAGAUAACUUACUGGAAGCAAAAAUCAUUGUUACUAAGGUGCAGAAUAAUUGUUAGCACCGUCUGAAGAUACUCCACACAUGAAUAUUAUGGACUGUCCAGAGAUUUCGACGGAGGCGUCUGUUCAAAUAUCCAGUCCAGCGGAAUCUAUUUUCUUUUCUUUCUUUUUUAUUUUUUUUUUCUUUGUGAAAAGGAAAAAUUACAGCGUCGGAAAUAUAAAAAGGAGUGAAAAACCAUUUUAUUUUUUUUCCAACAUCCCAAAAAAUCAGUGUGGCGGAUCCGUAAACCAACUCAAUAAAAAAAAAAAGGCCUUACAUGAAAGCUUCCUGACUUCGUGAAGAUUCAAGUUUGAAAAAAUCAUGGCCCCCGGGAAUAGGUUGAGGCCACAAAAGGAACCAAAGUUUUACAUGCGAAUAUAUAUUAGGAAAAAUCUUUUGAAAUGAGCCCAGGUGAGCGAUAUGGCCUAUGGGUCUCUUGUUAUUAUUUUUCAGUGAUACAUUUCAAGUCUUUCUUUAUAGAUUUUGUGGUUUUUAUCAUUUUCAGUGAUGCAUUUUGAGUGUUUCUUUAUAGAUUUUGUGGUUUUGGACCUGAUGAGUAGAGCUACUGUCUCGAUAGAGACUUUUAGUCAGAGGAACAUGCUUGUAGGUUUUGAGGUCAAUGUCAUAAUUUUCAGUACCACUUAGUUAUGUAAUUUACCAGUAAGUGGCAAAUUCAUUAUAGUCCACAUUCUCACUGUAUGGCAAAGUUAUUGACCCGUGUCACAGUCUGAUGAUAUGACAUUGACAGAUUUCAGGAGCAUGUUGUUUGGAGAAGGGAAUGGGAUAGUGAACGCAGCUUACAUGCAUUCUAUGUCUGUUUGAAUGCCAUAUGUGUGAUAACAACUACUAAAAACUGUAUCAACCUUUCAGGAAAGUUGUGAAGAUAAAAUUGAAGGAGAUCAUAAAGUUUCUUUCCUCAAUUCAUGUUCAUUAGAUAUCCCCACAAACAUGAUAAAAAGAGGAAAAUCAGAUGUGCUGAAGCUUCUCUGUGUAUUUUGUUGAGGGACGUCAUAAAACAUGGCGUUCUUACUUCCUGUAUUAGUUGUCAUAAUGCGGUAAGCUAGUAUCAGUUUCAGUCAUCUGUGACGCAUGCAUUUCUGUUGCGGCAUUUUGUUAUAAUAGAGAGGAAGAGCAAAGUCUAACUGUGUGUUACAACUUUUUAUGAGGUUCAAGAUAAUUUGAAAUUACAGCUACUAGAGAAAGCUUAUUGUAACAAGUAUAUAUAAUAGGUGUCUAGUAAAUCUCAUUUUAAAGGGGCAUUAGCUGUGCAAGUGAUGGCAACCAUUUUUUCUCAAAAUCUCUCAAUGACAUUGGAAUAUAUAUUAAUGACUAAUAAAUAUAUUUUGUGCAAAAACAAGAGGAACCUAAUAAAACUACAUUACAUAACUGCUUUUAGUGUAAAGAAAUAUACAUGUGUAUACUGUGUAAGGAAGAAUUAAUGUCUUGCAAUAAUUAUUUAAUCACCAAAAUUACAAAUUCAUGUGCCUGCUUUGAGGUUAAAAAGUGUUUGAAAUAAUUAAAUACUACUGGUGUUAUUACUGAAAUUAUUUAUAUAAUAUAAAGCAAUUUUUUUUAAAUUCAAUUUUUGGUGACAAAAUGACAAGAUAAAUCUUUUUUAUGUAUGUACAUGUAAUACAAACACAACUAUCGUCCAUACAUGUUCCACUAUUACACAAAGGGUUGAUUUUAAACUUCCUUUAUUAGAAUUUUAUUCAUGACCCAGAAAACAAAGAUUGGGAAUAAUAUUGUCACUUUAGAUUUGGUCAUAAUUUUUUAAUGAUGCAAAAUACACGUAGAAUUUCCUGCUUUGUGAAUCAAGAAUUGAUAGUUCCGUGUGUAUUAUGAGUUAGGUCAAAAUUGACAGUUUGGUCACAGUAGGGGCAAAAUAUUUCACAAACUCAUCUUGUUACACAUGUAUGUGUUGAGAUGUGUUAAAUUUGUCAUUACACUUCUUUGAUAUUCUGUGGGGUAAGAGUAGGUCCUCAGUACCCCUUGCUUGUCGUAAAAGGCAACUAAAUGGGGCGGUCUUUCGGAAAAGACGACUUCGGAAGAGACCGCAAAAACCGAGGUCCCUUGUCACAGCAGGUGUGGCACAAUAAAGAUCCCUCCCUGCUGAAAGGCCAUAAGAGCCGAGCAUAGGCCUAAAGCAGCCCUUCACUGACAAUGGUGGCGUUUCCAUAUGAGUGAAAUAUUCUCAAGAGGGAUGUUAAACAAUAUUCAUUCAAUUAAUCAAUCAAUCCCGUAUAUUUUAAAAAUUCCCAAAUGAAGUUUUGAGACUUAUUAUUCUUUUAUCAUUCUUCUUAAUGGAAUUAUUUUAUAUCUCACACAUAAACUUGUUUUGACAUUUUUGUUUAGUGCAGUCUGUUUACUAAAGUUCUGUAAACCUAUAGGAGAUGAUACAAUGGGGUUAAUUUUCAAGUGUUGCUUUUUUGUUCUUUGAAUGUUGGGACUUUAAGACAUAUAUUGGGGGGGGGGGGGUCAAAGGGGGAUUAUGUUUAUUAUAGAAACCCCUGUAAAAAAUUGAGUAUGUUGUAAAUGGUUAAAACUUUGAAAACAGAGACAAGAGUACAACAUUCACCCAUUAGACCUUCAGUGCAAUAUCUGUAUCCAUGAUGAGAAAAAGUCCAGAAAACUAUUUGACCUAUUAUUAGCCCUAAAGUAGGUCACAGUGAACCAAUCAAGUUAAAGUGUGAACUGAUUAUGUAUUUCUCUGAGAAGGAGGUUGUGACAAAAUUUCAGGACAAUACUUGUAUUUAUAAUAAGAAAAUUCUGGAAAAUUGUUUGACCUACUUUUACCCUUAAAGUAAGUCAUGGUACAAAUCCAGCUGAAAUGCAAACUGCAUUUAUAUUCCCCUGAGAGGAAGUUUGCUACUAGAUUUCAGGGCAAUAUCUGUAACGAAAACAAGGUUUUUCUACUAAGUAAUACUACAACCUUGACCUUUGACCUUGAGAAACAAUAGGUAUCCUUUACUUGGCAUAAGGUGUAAUUAUAUGUACCAAGUUUGAUGGUCAUAACUCAAACGGUUUGGUCUGUAUCCUGCCUACAAGGUUUCCUACUAAGCAAUACGAUCUUGACCUUUGACCUUGAAGAACAAAAAGGGUCUUCCACUAGGCAUGAGGAGUAUGUGUACCAAGUUUUAUGGUUCUAGCCCCAAUAAUUUGGUCUUUAUUCUGCUUACAAGGUUUUCCUUUAAACUUAUACUACAACCUUGACCUUUGACCUUGAAAAACAAUAGACAUCUUAUGGUGAUCAAAUGUACCAAGUUGUAAGAUCCUGGAGCUUUUGCUUUGAUCUGCAUCCUGCCUUCAAAGUUUUCCUACUAAGUGAUACUACAACCUUGACCUUUGACCUUGAAAACAAUUGGCAUCUUCCUCUUAUCAUAGUGAUCAAAUGUACCAAGUUGUAAAAUCCUGGAGCUUAUGGUUUGGUCUGUAUUCUGCCUACAAGGUUUUCCUACUAAGAGAUACAAUGACCUUGAAAAACAAUAGGCAUCUUCCUCUCAUCAUGGUGAUCAAAUGUACCAAGUCGUAAGAUCCUGGAGCUUACAGUUCAUUUUGUAUUUUGUCUACAAGGUCUGGACAAACAAAAGGACGACAUCAUACCUGAAUAUGUCUGGUAUUUGGUUUACAGAAUCAUUCACUUAGUCACACACAUAUGCGAUUUGUGUGGUAUGUUAAAUCUAAAAUAAAACCACACCCAUCCCCGAGAUCGAAAAAAUACUGAAAUACAUUUAGACAGUUGUAGACCAUAACUUUAAUCCAAAUAUAUUCUUAAUCUUUGAGUCAAGACAAAAUUGAUGUAUGGAUCAUGACCCCUAGGGGUCAAUUCCACCUUAUUGAAAUCAGAAAUAGUCAAAUAUCUUUAAAAUAGUU